CCACUGUUUAUUCGCCUCCACCUCUGCACGGAAACCACACCACCAUCCGUGGUCUCAAAAUCUCACAACAAACCCUAAUUGAUAUUGUCUUACAUCCAAGAUGGGACAAUUGCGAGAAGGGUGAAUCGAGGCUGGUUUGUGGUAUGGGUGGAGUUGUGGAGGCAGAGAGAGAGACGGGAUGGGUACAAGGUGGUGAAGUCAUGGAGGGACGAGAUAGGUAG